UUUGUCGUGCGUAGCUAAUGUUAGAAAAUGGAAGAGAUUGUUUUAAUUUCGUACUUGAUUCUCAAUCGCAAUAAGUAGAUAAGUUGCGCACCGAAUAUGCUAAGAUAUUCACGAUCAGCUAGCGAUUCUCUUAGCAGACUUCGACGCAAGAGAAAGUAUCUCCCAAACUCUUUCCCUAACAACUUUCUCUUGGUAUUGAUUUUAAUGCCGGCUGCUUUGAUUUAAGAUUGAGCACGAAGAUUUCACUGUGGCUUUUGUGUUUGCCUCUCUGUGUGCGUUUGCAUGUGCUUUCGAGACAUUUUAGUAUUUCGCCAGACUUUGCGCUACUCGGAUCGAAUACGCGCUGUCGCACCCGGAUUUCAUAAAACGCGCGGAAUAUUAGUGAAUGGUGCCACCAGUAAUAACUGCAAAGGCACCUGGCCAAGUGUUUAGCAAGUGAUUCUCCGGUAAUUAUCCGUCUGGUCACGUUCUUUUGAAAACCCGAAAAAUUGGCGCAAUUCCGAUUUCCCGUACUUAGUGGACCCAAGCUCCUGUUUCUUUUACAUGUCGUCUCCGGCGGCAGCUACGGCAUCUGAAGUCCUUGACUUUGACGAUAUUCUCGCUGAGAUUGGGGAAUUCGGACCAUUCCAGCGUCGAAACUAUCUGCUCAUCUGCCUGCCCGUUUUAUUCGCGGCCGCGAACAGCCUCUCGUAUGUUUUUACGGCAGGAUCACCCACCUAUCGAUGCUACGUGCCCGGCUGCGACAGUCCAGACAAUCCGGAUUAUGGGGCGGAUUGGGUGUCCAUCGCCGUACCCGGCAGCUGGAGCAGGCGGGGUCACUUCACACCGGCCACCUGCGACAGGUUCCUGGCGAACGCAAGCCGUUCUGUACCCGAGCCCGAACCUUGGAGAACUUGGCCCUGGGACCGGUGCUCGGCAGAGAACUUUACUGCGGAGACGGAGAGAUGCCGGCAGUUUGUGUACGGCAGUUCGGAGCGGACCAUUGUGCAGCAGUGGGGGCUGCAGUGCCAGGAGAAUCUUUGGAAGUUGGCUUUCGUCGGCACAAUGCACUUUGCUGGCCUGGUGGUGGGGACCGCCCUGUCCGGUUACCUGGCGGAUCGAUACGGGCGUAAGCACGUCUUUUUGAUCUGCACCGUGUUUAUGGCCCUGACGGGAGUGGCGCAGGCAGUGUCCUGGGACUACACCAGUUUCCUGGUCUUCGCCCUGUUAAACGCGGUGGGCACUUCCGGCGUAUACCCGCUGGCCUUCAUCAUCGGCGUGGAGAUGGUAGGGCCCCGGAAGCGCGAAAUGUCCUCUAUCGUGCUGAACUAUUUUUACGCUGUGGGAGAGGCCCUCCUCGGGCUGUCAGUUUUCCUGCCCGACUGGCGCCAACUGCAGCUGGUGCUUUCGAUUCCGCCCCUGAUUUGCGUGGGCUACUUUUGGCUGGUCCCGGAGUCAGUCCGGUGGUUGAUCGCCCGCAACCGGCGAGAGCAGGCCGGCGACAUAAUCCGCCGGGCCGCGAAGGUAAAUCGGCGCGACGUUUCCAUUGAGCUGAUGGACAGCUUCAAGCAGCAGGAGCUGGAAGCGGAGCCGGAGUAUGGAGCCGAGGGUGCCCUGGCCGAGCGGAAGGACGAUAAGAUAUGGUUGGCCGUCAAGCAGGUGGCGGGCUCCCGCAUUUUGAUGGUCAGAUACGCCAUUUUGCUUCUCAUUUGGGCCGUCAAUGCAAUUGUCUACUAUGGACUUUCGCUGAACGCCACCAGUCUGAGUGGCAACAAGUACCUCAACUUCGCUCUGGUCUGCCUGGUGGAGAUCCCCGGCUACAGUCUUGCCUGGCUGUUCCUGCGGAAACUCGGCCGCCGUCUGGCCCUGUCCGGAUCCUUGCUGCUGUGCUCCAUCACGUGUGUAGGCAGCGGGUUUGUCACCUUGGCGCAAGAAGAUCGGAUUCCCUGCAAGACCGGAGUUGAGUCAUGGAGUUGUGCCAAUUGGCUGGUUGUGACGCUAUUUCUUGCCGGAAAACUGGGCAUCACAUCAUCCUUCGCCGUCAUAUACACCUUUACUGCGGAAAUGAUGCCCACGGUUAUCCGGAGCGGCGGCGUCGGUGUCACGUCCACAUUUGCACGUUUUGGUGCAAUGCUGGCACCUUUCGUGCCUCUUUUGGCAUCAUAUUACGAACCGCUGCCUCUGCUGCUAUUUGGGGGCUUGUCGAUGGUAGCUGGACUGCUCUCGCUUUUACUGCCGGAAACGUUUAACCGGAAGCUGCCGGACACGGUGGAAGAGGCCAUUGCUUUGUGCAACCAAUAACCGCCUUUCAGGCGACGAUUUCGUGGACACAUUUUUUGAAGGGUACACUGGUAUAAAUGAGCGGCCCUGAUUUUUUGUAUAAGACAAUGUUUCUGAGCUUUGGUAAUACUCAUAAUAAAGAAUAACGUGCAAAGUA